AUGCUCCGUGACGGGCUGCUCAGAUCCAGGCAUGACGAGAUCGCGCGUUGUUUGUCGUCGCGGAAGCGCAAGUUGAGCGAGCUGUACUAUGCGACGGCCGCUUUCCCCCAUCCCAGCGAGGGCAGCCCCCAGAGCGACCCCGAAGCCCGCCAGCGCGAGGCCGCGUUCCUCGACGCCAACGACCUGACAAAAGGCCGAUGUUACGAUGAAAGCACCCUGCCACAACGACCGCACCUCGAAGCUAUUCUCGCGGAACAUGGGAGGAAGUACGGGCUGCCGUCUCAGUCGCGCGCAGACGGUGACCUCGAACAGCCCCAGGCCUCGGCUCCAGAACUAAACGGUCAUCAGGGCCAGCAAAUUCUACACGGCCAGAGUGCAUCGUCAGCUCAACCACAGCUCGCCGUGUCUUCAGCAGGUGUCCAGACGGUAGAGUCGCCGGCGACAGAACCGCCCGCUGCCUCUGCUCAACAGCUCAACGGCGUUGGCCCUGUACAUGCGACCGCUUCUCCAACAAAAAACCCGUCCUCUCCCCGACAUGCCACCACCAGCUCCCAAACUCCGCCUCAGAUCAACCGAACACCCUCGUUUAAUGACCGUCUAGGCGUCGUGCCCAUCGUCGUCCCUCCAAAAAUCACAGAGACCGCGUCCUCACCCGUUUCCUCGGGACCGUCCUCCAGCCAUACCUCUGCCACCGAACGAUCGCCAGCCUCUAGCUCGACCGAAUCAGUCGCCUCCAUCGCCGAUUCCAUAUCGAUGAGCAAGGUUUCUACAGAAGAACCGCAGUCCAACGGCCAGUCCCAGCCCUUGUCGACCGCCGUGCCUUCAACUCCGGAUGAACAGCUUCAGCUCGAGGCAGCCAUGUCCAUGCGAAACUCCGCAACGCCCAACCAGUCGUCUGCAAACGGCCAGGAUAGGGAUGGAGACCAACAGAUGGCCGAGGCGCCGCCUGGCGACGUGAAGGAGCCAAAUUUAAAACGAGAACCAACGGACAGUCGGCCUUCUUCGCCUGCCGGCUUACAGAACGCGCCUGAUGCCAGACACGUCACGAAACCGGUUGAAACCCAGAGACAGGCCCCCGAGCUGAACCCACGACCGGAGAGGAUGACCACGAGAGUUGCGUCAGGCGCAAUCCGGCACAAAUCUGUCUCGGAGAUCCUGGGAGAGAGUCCAAAACCGAGUACUCCGGACACCGAACAGCACUCGAGGGACUCUCGACGGUCGUCUCUAUUCGACAGACAGGCCGCGACAUCGCACGCCUCUCCAGCUUCACCGUCCAAAUUACGGCUGGGCGAACGACCGGACAAGGAGAGAAGCAAGCUGUCUACCGUCAUCUUUCCCAAGACAUCGACCCAGGAGAAGGAAAAGGCCAUGCGGCUAGCUCGCCAGCUAGAAGAUGUAUCGCGGAGAUCCCCCAACGAGGAGCAGGAUUACCUUUACACUCUUUUCCAGGCAAAAGCUCACUAUCCUCCCCGUACCAUGAGCCUCAAUACCCUUCUUUCCACUGCACAUAAAACCCUAAACACUUCUAAUCAUUUCCUUGAAUACCACGAACAAAUGGACUGUCGCACCUUGAAGCGAAUAUAUCAACUACAGCACUCGAACCGAUGGGCUCUCAGACAGCUACAACGGUCUCCGGAACCAUCGAGGCAGGUGACGCACUGGGAUAUCAUGCUGGAUCAUGUAAAGUGGAUGCGUAUGGAUUUCCGAGAAGAACGAAAGUGGAAACUCACGGCUGCGAAACGUUGCGCUGAAUGGUGCGCGGAGUAUGUUGCCAGCGAGGAAGAGCAUCGAGUUUCUCUACGUCUCCCUGUUAAACGGCCGCCAGAAGCCUCAGAUCAGAAUGACAAACCUAACCCUCUUCUUGACAGGAUCAUGGAAGGGAACAACGAUGAGGUAUUGCCUAAUAACCAUCCUACCCCUGACUUGAUCCCUUCUGCAGACGACGACUCUGUGAGCGAUGGAUUCAACGACGACCAGCCGGAUUUCGGUGAUGGAAACGUUCCCGCUGCCAUUUUCUCAUCAGGUUCAGAUGAAUUCACAUUUCGCAUGGAACGAACGAUGGCCUCGGAGAAAAUACUCGGAGAACUCCCAUUCUACUGUCCCGUGCAGAUAAUACCAGAAACCAAUAAGCCUUCCUUCAAGAUCGAGCCAGACGACAUAUGGAAGACACAGUUACUGGCAGUCUCGAAAUACGCUCAGGGAACGAUACAGUUCAAGGAAGACGGUCCACCCAGGAAACGAAGUCGAUAUGAUUACGAACAAGACAUGUCUAAUGAUGCCGAUGAUGAAGAUGAAUACAGACCUCUCCCACCCGAACAGAUGGACGUCGCACUCUUUUCGUCCGAAUACAAGGGCCUUCGCGAUCGAAUUCAUCCAAGCCAUACAUUCCGUCCUCCAACCGAGUACGUCAUGCCACCGCUUGGGUUUUACGAAUCUCGACAAUCGUCCCACUGGACAUAUGCAGAGGACGACGAGCUUCGCAAACUCGUUCAAGAAUACUCUUACAACUGGUCACUUAUCGCCAGCUGCCUUGCUCCACGAUCUAGCUUUACGUCUGGCUCCGACAGGAGAACACCCUGGGAAUGCUUUGAGCGGUGGAUUGGCUUGGAAGGUCUACCUGCGGACAUGGCAAAGACUCCGUAUUUCCGAACAUACAGUGCACGACUAGAAGCUGCCCAGAGAUCCAUACUUAAUGCACAGCAGCAGGCCGUGCAGCAGCAACAACAGCAGCAACAGAACGGUGGUCAGCUGAAUCCAAACUCACAAGCGAUGAUCAGGAGGAGAACCGCGCAACCGUUGAGGGUCGAGAGGAAGCGGACAUCAAGACACCUGGCGCUCCUGGCUGGGAUGCGGAAACUAUCUCAGAAACGGGAGGCGAUCCUUCAAAAGCAGCAGCAUGCCACACAACUCGCAUCGCUGCGGAAGGUCAAUGAAGCAACUCAGCCGCGUCCACCAAUCUCUACGCCGCAGGAAUUCAGCCAACUGAAACAUGAGAGGGAACUCAAGUUCUUGGAGAAACAGGAGCAAUACCGCCAGCAAGUGAUUGCUCAUCAACGGGCUGCCCUGGCUCAGCGUGCGGCACAGCUAAACCCAUCGGCUCAGUUCAAUGGUAUGCCAGGCCGUCCUGCCGCAGCGGUCCCCAAUUCAGCCGCUGGUGUCCAGGUCCCUAUUGCAAAUGGACUACCGAAUGGCAUGCCUAACGGUGCACCCGUUGCUCAACCUCGUCCACACCCCGGUAUGGCAUCUAUACCAAAUGCACUCCCGGCCACUGGUCCAAUCCCCGUUCCCGGUGGAAUGCAAAUGAAGAUGAUGCCACAGCAAGGCCUACAGCAACCUAUCAGUGGGCGGCCAGGUCUCCCUGUCCAGGGCUCCCCAGACAACUCACGCAUCAUCCGCGAAGCCAACCGUCUACAAGAGCAACAACGCCUUCUCCAAUCUCGCCAACAACAGCACCAGUUCCACGGUGGCCAGCAAACCUUCGUUCCACAGCAAGGCCCUCAUUCCUCUCCUAACAUGAACGCCGCCCCAACCACUACGGCUAACAACCCUGCUCUCAUGGCCGCUUUCCAAGCUGCAACCAAUGCCGGAAGCCCUUCCUUUGCCGCCUCAUCUCUUGCCCCCGGUAUUAUCCCUACUGCUUCUCCACGCAUGAACCAUCCAGCUACCACCCUCUCCAACGGCCCCGCCAUGCCCACCGUAAACAAUAUCCAAACUUCCCUCCAACGUCUCCACCCAAAUAUGUCGCAGGAUCAAAUCUCCAAAAUGGCUGCAGAGCGUCUCCAACAGUACCAGCAGCAACAGCAACGUUUAUCCCAAGCUGCCCUGAACGCCGUAGUAGGUAACAUUGGCGUCGGUACCCUCCCUCCCAACUACCAGGCCGGCAACGCCGGACAGCAAAUCCCACAACAGGGCGUCGUGAAUGGUACACCGGUGACUGUGCAAAACCAGGCACAGGCACAAGCGUACAUUAACCGUCUCGGCGUAUCGCAGGCUGGUCAACAGAGUCGGCCAGGUCGCAACGCCGCAGAAUCAUAG